GGACGAAUCAAAUUCAUCAACGCUAGCUAGCUAGGCAACGUACCUGAGAAUUAAUGGUUAAGUAAUGUCUAUAUAUUUAAUCACAGGCUGACAGGCCACAAGCUCUGAUGAUGAUGAUGAUGGUGGAGAAGCUAGCCUUAGCUUGGAGUUGGCGCUAUAUAUAACUGCAAUUCGGUCCACUCAUGUCACUCUUCCGUCGUCUUCUCUCACUAGCUAACUCUCUCCCUUUUGUUUUCUCCCUCUGGAGCCGCUCACCCUGUUUCAUUUCAUUGCUUCUUCUUCUUCUUCUUCUUCUCAAAUACAGAGACAGAAAGCCCAUGCUACGUAUAUUAACUAUAUAUCCAUUUGAUUUGGUCUUCUUACCCAUUAAUGGAAAGCUCUAUCUGCGCGCAUGUGCAGGGCUAUUAAGCUGCCUGACCCUGAACCACGUAAUAUUGCGCGCUCUUAUUUCUUUCUUUCCAGCCAUUAAUUAAUUGCACUGGAAUUGUAAUUCCAGGCAUUGAAGGACAGAGAAAUAUAUAGAAGGGAAAAUAUGUCAUCCUCCGCAGUAAAAGGCAUGCUGACAAGGAGCGGUACUACGGCAGCUGCAGCAGACGUCUACGACUGCCGCCGACGACUGUUCAAGGGCAACUCCGCCGACAAUAAUCAACUCAUAUUCCGUUCUUUCAUUGAUAAACACCGUGGUUCUCUGCAGCUUCGCAGUCUAGUGGGUCAGACGCGCCGCCACGGAUCACUCGUGACGGCGAAGAGUCCGCCUGUACGGAGCGGAGCGCGAGCCCAAGCCAUCCUCACCCCCGUCUCCGAUCCCACCCCUGUCACCAACAAGCGAGUAUUUACCUUUGGGAAAGGAAGGAGCGAAGGCCACAAGGGCAUGAAGUCCCUAUUGGGAGGGAAAGGAGCAAACCUAGCGGAGAUGGCGAGCAUUGGGUUGUCAGUGCCGCCCGGACUCACCAUUUCAACAGAGGCGUGCCAAGAGUACCAGCAGAAGGGAAAGAAGCUGCCGGAAGGCUUGUGGGAGGAGAUUCUGGAAGGCUUAGACACCAUUCAGAAGGACAUGGGUGCUUUUCUCGGCGACCCUUCCCUGCCCCUUCUCCUCUCUGUUCGCUCUGGUGCUGCGAUUUCUAUGCCUGGCAUGAUGGAUACAGUCCUUAACCUUGGACUUAAUGACGAGGUGGUUGCUGGUUUGGCUGCAAAAAGUGGAGAGCGCUUUGCUUAUGACUCCUACCGACGUUUUCUAGAUAUGUUUGGAAAUGUUGUGAUGGGCAUUCCACACUCAUUAUUUGAGGAGAAGUUAGAGAAGUUGAAAUAUGCAAAAGGAAUUAGUCUUGAUACUGAGAUGACAGCAUCAGACCUUAAAGAGCUGGUGAAACAGUACAAGAAUGCCUACCUUGAAGCAAAGGGUGUAAAGUUUCCUUCAGAUCCAAAGAAGCAGUUACAGUUGUCUGUUCAAGCAGUUUUUGAUUCCUGGGACAGCCAGAGGGCAAUUAAAUAUAGGAGUAUUAACCAGAUAACUGGGUUGAAGGGAACGGCAGUAAACAUUCAAUGCAUGGUUUUUGGAAAUAUGGGUAACACUUCAGGGACCGGUGUUCUCUUCACUAGGAACCCAAGCACGGGUGAAAAGAAGCUUUAUGGGGAAUUUCUUGUCAAUGCGCAGGGAGAGGAUGUAGUUGCUGGAAUCAGAACUCCAGAGGACCUGGACACUAUGGAAAGUUGCAUGCCUGAAGCUUACAAGGAGCUUGUGGAGAACUGUGAAAUAUUAGAGCGUCAUUACAAAGAUAUGAUGGAUAUUGAAUUCACAGUUCAAGAAAAUAGGCUGUGGAUGUUGCAGUGCCGGUCCGGAAAGCGUACUGGUCAAGGUGCAGUAAAGAUUGCUGUAGACAUGGUCAAUGAAGGGCUUGUUGAUACUCGUGCUGCAAUCAAAAUGGUGGAGCCACAGCAUCUCGACCAGCUUCUUCAUCCACAGUUUGAAGAUCCAUCUGCUUACAAAGACAAAGUCGUUGCCACUGGUCUACCUGCAUCUCCAGGAGCUGCAGUUGGCCAGAUUGUGUUCCGUGCUGACGAUGCUGAAGCAUGGCAUGCACAAGGAAAUAGUGUCAUCCUGGUAAGGACAGAGACCAGCCCAGAGGAUAUUGGUGGAAUGCAUGCAGCUGCUGGGAUCUUGACAGCUAGAGGCGGCAUGACAUCUCAUGCAGCUGUUGUAGCCCGUGGAUGGGGAAAGUGUUGUGUUUCUGGUUGUUCUGAUAUCCGGGUCAAUGAUACUGAGAAGGUUGUUGUGGUUGGGGACAGGGUGAUUGAAGAAGGGGAAUGGCUUUCACUCAAUGGGUCUACUGGUGAAGUGAUCUUAGGAAAACAAGCUCUUUCUCCUCCAGCUCUAAGUGGUGAUUUGGAGAUUUUCAUGUCUCGGGCUGAUAAAAUAAGGCGGCUCAAGGUUAUGGCAAAUGCUGAUACACCUGAGGAUGCACUUACAGCAAGAAAUAAUGGUGCCCAAGGGAUUGGACUAUGUAGGACAGAGCACAUGUUCUUUGCAUCAGAUGAGAGGAUUAAGGCUGUGAGAAAGAUGAUAAUGGCGGUCACAUCUGAACAGAGGAAGAUGGCCCUGGAUCUUUUACUGCCUUAUCAAAGAUCUGAUUUUGAAGGCAUAUUUCGUGCAAUGGAUGGACUUCCAGUGACAAUUCGAUUAUUAGAUCCUCCUCUCCAUGAAUUUCUUCCAGAAGGCAAUCUUGAACAGAUUGUUAGUGAACUUACCAUUGAAACUGGAAUGAUUGAAGAUGAGGUUUUCUCCAGAAUUGAGAAAUUAUCAGAAGUAAAUCCCAUGCUUGGUUUCCGAGGCUGCAGGCUGGGGAUAUCAUACCCGGAAUUAACUGAAAUGCAGGCACGUGCAAUCUUUCAGGCUGCAAUCUCUAUGAGCAACCAGGGUGUUACUGUUCUUCCAGAGAUAAUGGUUCCCCUUGUUGGCACACCUCAGGAGCUAGGACAUCAAGUGGCAUUAAUACGUGGUGUUGCAAAGAAAGUGUUCUCUGAGAUGGGUUGCUCCGUAAGUUAUAAAAUGGGGACCAUGAUUGAGAUCCCUAGAGCUGCGUUGGUUGCAGAUGAGAUUGCAAAUGAAGCCGAGUUCUUCUCGUUUGGGACCAAUGAUCUCACACAGAUGACUUUUGGGUACAGUAGAGAUGAUGUUGGCAAGUUUCUCCCUAUAUAUCUUUCCAAGGGCAUUCUCCAAAGUGAUCCAUUUGAGGUUCUUGAUCAGAAGGGUGUGGGCCAGCUUAUCAAGAUUGCCACAGAAAAAGGUCGUGGAACUAGGCCCAGCUUGAAGGUUGGAAUUUGUGGAGAGCAUGGCGGGGAGCCUUCUUCUGUUGCAUUCUUUGCGGAGGUUGGGCUGGACUAUGUUUCAUGUUCACCAUUCAGGGUUCCUAUAGCUAGGCUUGCAGCAGCUCAAGUUGCUGCCUGAAGAUUGGCAUGAUAUGGAACGCUGUUCUGCGACUUUGUGCAGUUGUAAAUAAAUGUAGUUAAUUCACAAAUAAGUAGAAUAAUCAAUCUGCUGUUAUUUAAGAAUCAGCAGAAAAGGAAAGAAGAAAGAAAAAUGAAAUGCCAUGACAAGUCCUCUUAUUGGGAAGGAGGAUAUCAUGCAUGUGAUUUCUGGAAA